CAUUGAAUAACGCAUCAUGCCCCGUGACGAUAUCGAAUUCAAGACUCGAGACGGAGUCACCCUCCGGGGCUGGUUUUAUACUCCCGAGACGGCGGCCCAAAGUUCGGUACCCCUUCCGUGCAUUCUACUGGCUCCCGGUUUCUCUGCCGUAAAGGAGAUGGGCCUCGAUCGCUUUGCUCGCUACUUUGUUGGAAAAUUACCUGUUUCUUGCGUCGUAUACGACCAGCGGGGCUAUGGUGCUAGCGACAAUGGAGACGGAGAGCCACGUCAAGAGACAAUACCGACACAACAAAUCGAUGACAUGUCAGAUGCUAUUUCAUACGCUCAGUCUCGCAAAGACAUUGAUGAGCAAAAGAUCGCCCUAUGGGGUAGCUCGUAUUGCGGCGGUCAUGUUUUGUCAUUGGCUGCAGUAGACCGCAGAGUCAAGGCGGUCUUGAGCCAAGUUCCGUUUAUCAGUGGGAGCCGUACUUUUGCCAAGAACGACCUCGAGACCAGGAACCGGUUGAAUGAUCUCUUCUCUCAAGAUCGAUUGGCAAGAGCAGAAGGCAAACCGCCAGUUGUAAUUCCAGCUGUGUCCCCAGACGAGUCCGCAUUAUGUGUCAUGCCCACUCGCGAGAGCUACGAAUACUUUACCGACUGGGCGCAAAAGUCACCAUUCAAAAACGAGGUUACUCUGAGGAGCCUUGAGCUUUUGACUCGUUACGAGCCGUAUGAUUUAGUCCCUCGAAUUUCACCUACACCACUACUUCUGACUGUGGGGUCCACGGACGAUGUAACGCCAGUAGAAUUUGCUUUAGAUGCGUUCGAUAGGGCUGGAGAACCAAAGGAACUUCAUAUUUUGGAGGCCUGUGGACAUUUCGAUUCCUACGAUGGGGAGUUGUUCAAUAUAAACAUUAAGAGGCAGGUUGAUUUUUUAAAGCGCAUGUUUCUAGCGUAGGCACAAAGAAGCAGUUCUAGCAAUCUUAGUACGCUAUGUGCAUCAGAAGCUUUGACCAAUGACUAUACGUGCCCUUGAUGUACUCUGAACUAAGUAGCCUUCUAAUGCGUUCCUUAUCCUCGCUGCGUUGUCUCUAAAAAUUCGUAGGGCCCUUCACGUUUCCCUACAAGUUUAUAGAGUUUUUAACAAAUUGUCUACGUUCUGAAGACUAACAUCACUACGUCUUUUUGACUAAGUGCUAAGACAGAGUUGGUUUAGUACUAGAACAACGCCUAACCAAAGGCAGCUUCUAGCCAUCGAAGGGAUAGUAAGAGGCUAUAAGGUAUAUGUGUAAGCUGCUGGAGGGUCCAGUAGGUAUAGCGUUUUCUUCGGGCCGAGGACAGGCCUAGCUGCAGGAAGGAGAUAUCGUCAGG